AGAAGGAGAAUAACAAAAAACCUUCUAAAAGAUGAGUGGUGCAAGGAGAGACAACAGGCGUUCAAAUGGUCGUGAUGAUUCAUCAAGAGUUGCAAAAGCGGAAAACGAUCGCAAACCAGGGAGGGAAAAUCGCGGAGGAGAUGAAAAGCGUGGAAAUUCCAACAAUGCAGCUCGCAGUGGUGGCGGAGGUGGAGGCAACCGCGGUGGAGCCGAACGUGGAAUUGCUCCGGCUCAACAGCCGUACGACAACAAUGGAGGACACAGAAGCGGUGGUGGUGGUGGAAGAAGUGGUGGUGGUGGAACUUCUUUCAAUGGAGCAGCGUUCACUGAGUCCCAACUGAUGGAUGAAGUUCCAAAAAAGAAGUUCACUGGAAGAUGUCGGCUUUUCGUCGGAAAUUUGCCAAAUGAAGUUAAAGAAACCGAGCUAAAAGAACUUUUCUCUCCACAUGGAGAUAUUGCUGAGUGCUAUUUAUCUGGAAAAGGAUUUGCGUUCUUAAGACUGGAUACACGUGCUCACGCUGAAAGUGCCAAGGAGGCCAUCGACGGUCGCAUCAUUCACGGCCGUCAAGUACGUGUUAGAUUCGCAGUUCAUGGAGCGGCGAUUCGAGUUAAAGAACUCUCGCCAACUGUCUCCAAUGAGAUGCUCUAUCACGCAUUCUCACAUUUUGGAGAUGUUGAAAGGGCUGUUCAUAUUGUCGACGAAAAGGGAAGACCAACCGGAGAAGGAAUCGUAGAAUUUGAAAGAAAGCCGAAUUGUAACGAGGCAAUGGCUGCUAUUCGCGAUAAAGUGUUCUUAUUGACCGCGAGUCCGAAACCACUGAUUUGUGAAGUGCUGGAACCAAGAGAUGAAGACGAUGGACUGGCCGAGAGAAUGAUCCCACGUACACCGGGACUCUCAAAGGAACGUGAGCUUGGACCGCGUUUCCCGACACCAAACAGCUUCGAGUAUGUGUAUGGAAUGAAGUGGAAGGAAUUGUAUGUUGUGGAGCAAAAACGUCGUGCUCAACUCGACGAAGAGCUUCGCGAAUCACGUCGACGAUUGGAAUCUGAUAUGGAGCUCGCUUAUCAAGACUAUCAAGCACAGAUGCUCAGAGAAGAUCUCCAACGCCGCCAACAAGAGCUAGAACGUCUUGAAGCUGCUCGCCGCGAACGUAUGCGUGGUCUUGGUGGACCACCACCAGGAAUGCCAGGAGGUGUGCCACCACAAGCUCAGCCAUUCAACCCACACGGAGGAUCAAUGUUCGGCGGACCUGGAGGACCAGGUGGACCACCACCAUUCGGUCAACCGUUCCAACAAGCACCACAAGGAAUGUUCAAUGUUCCUACAGGACCUCCACCACUGAUGGGAGGUGGUGGAGAUCCUAGAGGACCACCAGGUGGAAUGGGAGGACCACCAGGACACGGAGGAAUGGGAGGUCCCCCAGGACACGGAGGACAAGGCGGACCACCAGGUCAUGGAGGAAUGGGAGGACCACCACCAGGACAAGGAGGGCCAGGGGGUCCGGGAGGACCUGGAGGUCCUGGAGGAAUGCUUCCAAAAUCUCACGGACGGAGUAACAUGAUCGAAGGAGUCCAACGAUUAUUGCAGAUCUUCAAAAGUGAUAAUGGACCACCAGGAGGAAUGCCCGGCCGUGAUUAUCCACCACAGCAAGGACCAGGAGGCAUGUUCGGAUCAUAUGGCGACGGAGGUUACCCACCGGAGAAGAAGCAACGACGAUAGAGAUGUUGAGCAUCAUAUCUGUUUUAUAUACUUUCUUGAUUUGGUUUUUAUUUUAUUUUCCUGUCUACAACGCUCUGCAUCUUCUAUUCAUUCAAUUAUUCAUCUAGAAGUGGCUCCUUGUUUCCACUUUGGAUCUCAUUCGUUUGACUUUAU